AUGGCCUAUCAAAAGCGUCCUGCCUCUAGCUAUCAGCCUUGCGAUACCUUCUUUGUGGAGUCGUAUGACGACUUCCCGGCCCCUCGUCUGGAACCAAAGGAGCAUGCGAGACUGAUUGCCCGUGAGCGUCAGUAUGCCAUUGCGGAUGAACUUUCCAAGAUCACUAGCGAAGAGUUCCGUGAUGACAUUCUGGCGCACAUGCUGGACAUGGAUACCGCCACCCUCCCUGACGUUGAGUCGAUCGACAUCCAAACCGAGAUUCAAUGGUUCAUGCGUCCCUACCUGCUCGAUUUCCUGAUUGAAGCCCAUACCGCCUUUCAGCUGCUGUCGUCUACUCUCUUCCUGACCAUCAACUUGCUCGACCGAUACUGUUCGAAACGUGUCGUCUACAAGAGACACUACCAAUUGGUCGGGUGUGCGGCUCUACUCAUUGCUGCCAAGUAUGGUGACAAGAAGGAUCGUGUUCCGACCAUUAAGGAGCUCAAGUCAAUGUGUUGCUCGCUUUACGAUGAUGACAUGUUCAUCCAGAUGGAGUGGCAUGUGCUGCAGACUUUGGGCUGGACCAUCGGUCAUCCCACAGUCGACAACUUCCUGCAGAUGGCUGUCAUGGAUUGCCCUUAUGAUGCCGAGGUUGAGCACCUGUCUCUAUACAUCGCGGAAAUCUCCCUGUUCCAUCGGGAAUUUGUCUCCAAGCCUUCGUCCGAUCUAGCCAGAGCCUCCUUGGCUCUUGCACGGUGCAUCCUGAACCGAACUCAGCCUCGUCACACUGAGUGGGCUUCUCAAUACGACUCUAUGACACUAGUGGGAUUGUCACAACAAUUACACCAGCCCUCGCAGGUGCUCUCCCGGAAAUAUUCGUCGGCCCACUACUCGCGGGUGUCGAAGAUCCUGGAGCAAUUCCUUGCCCGCCAGGCCUCCGUCGCGAGCUACACUCCCCCUAGCCCGCCCUCCGAUGUUGUUCCGGCCGAGUCUAAACCCUAUGAAGGAGAGAUUGGUCUUGCUACGCCCCAGAAGGCCCCGCAAUCAUCCACUAUGGCUCACGGCUACAUCACACCGCCAAUUACUCCUGAAAACGAAGUCUUCGCCAACGGUGGUAAUCCCACCUUUGCCAAAGGAGUAGCUGGCACUAGCGCCUGCUCACCGUCGCCCACCCCCUCUCCUAGUGUACCAUACACGGGUGCUCCUAGCUACGCGCAGGAGGCUACAUACCAACAACAAUAUCUCCAGCCUCAAAUGUCGUUCAGCACCGGCUACUGA